AUAAAGCAGACGAACUGGAAGACGAGGGCGGGUCCGGCCGCAGGAUUGGGCCGAUGAGGCCCCGUCUUCGAAAAGACGGCCGGAGGCCAAACUGGCUGCGUGCUCGGUCUCCCGGCCCGACGGAAUUUGAGAAUCUCCGGGCCUUUGUCUUAGAUUCAGCAUUUAAGAGCGAACGAAGCAAGACAAGGGCCCUGCCUGUCCGGCACUUCGCCCCACACCCACUCCGCUGGCCCGGAAGCGGAAGUGACAGACACGGAAGUGGCCUGCUGUUGCCGAGGGGACGGGCCGGGCAGAUGCCAACAUGGCAGCGGUUGGGGUUGGCGGUUCCACCGCGGCGGCCGGACCGGGGGCGGUCUCCGCGGGGGCGUUGGCAGCUGGGACCGCGAGUGCGGCUCACAGACGCCUCAAGUACAUAUCCCUAGCUGUGCUGGUGGUCCAGAACGCCUCCCUCAUCCUCAGCAUCCGCUAUGCCCGCACGCUGCCUGGGGACCGCUUCUUUGCCACCACCGCUGUGGUCAUGGCCGAAGUGCUCAAGGGCCUCACCUGCCUGCUGCUGCUCUUCGCCCAGAAGAGGGGUAAUGUGAAACACCUGGUUCUCUUCCUCCACGAGGCUGUCCUGGUGCAGUACGUGGACACGCUCAAGCUUGCGGUGCCCUCCCUCAUCUACACUUUGCAGAACAACCUCCAGUACGUUGCCAUCUCCAAUCUCCCAGCGGCCACUUUCCAGGUGACGUACCAGCUGAAGAUCCUGACCACGGCACUGUUCUCAGUGCUCAUGCUGAACCGCAGCCUCUCCCGGCUGCAGUGGGCCUCCCUGCUGCUCCUCUUCACUGGGGUCGCCAUUGUCCAGGCACAGCAAGCUGGUGGGGGCGGCCCACGGCCACUGGAUCAGAACCCCGGGGCAGGCCUCGCAGCUGUUGUGGCCUCCUGUCUCUCCUCGGGCUUUGCAGGCGUCUACUUUGAGAAGAUCCUCAAAGGCAGCUCAGGUUCCGUGUGGCUGCGCAACCUGCAGCUGGGCCUCUUCGGCACAGCCCUGGGCCUGGUGGGGCUCUGGUGGGCUGAGGGCACCGCUGUGGCACACCGCGGCUUCUUCUUUGGGUAUACACCUGCCGUCUGGGGUGUGGUGCUCAACCAGGCCUUCGGUGGGCUCCUGGUGGCUGUCGUUGUCAAGUAUGCUGACAACAUCCUCAAGGGCUUUGCCACCUCCCUGUCCAUUGUGCUGUCCACUGUUGCCUCCAUUCGCCUCUUUGGCUUCCAACUGGACCCAUUAUUUGCCCUUGGCGCUGGGCUCGUCAUCGGUGCCGUCUACCUCUACAGCCUUCCCCGAGGUGCAGCCAAAGCCAUAGCUUCUGCCUCCUCCUCUGCCUCUGCCUCCGGGCCCUGCACUCAGCAGCAGCCUCCGGGGCAGCCACCGCCGCCGCAGCUGUCUUCCCACCGUGGAGAUCUCGUCACGGAGCCCUUUCUACCAAAGUUGCUCACCAAGGUGAAGGGUUCGUAGCCACCGGGAUCGAAGACGUUGCUUGGCCUGGCCUCGUUCUCCCUUCUUGCCCUGGCCCAGCUGGGACCAGACUGUGAUCAGUAUUAGGGGU